ACACCGUUUACUAGUUAGCAAGGCAUGGCUAGUUAAAUUAAAACCAAGACCAAAACAUUUUUAAUUGUUUACAAUGGGAUGUGUAAUUGAGUGCACUACAGUGAGUGCACUAGAAUCGAAAAAAAUCUAAGCCUUGUAUAUCUAGAUAAACCGUUUACUUUAUUAUUUACAGAAAAAGUUAGCGCUGGGAAUUAAAAGGAACCGGGUUGUUCACUUCCGCAAUUCUUUAGUGAACCAAUCAGCGCGUCGGUACAAAUUGAGUGACCUUCUCCUCAGCCAAUGACGGAUGAAUGAUUUUCACGGAUAGCCAAUCAGAAGGAGGCAUGUGGUGAAAACGUGACUUUCGAUUUAUUCCGGACAAUAAAACUUGUACCCGGUUUGUCUUCGCCUGAAUCGAUUGUUUCUUCUACCAGCUGAAAUACCAUCUCUUAAUACUAAAGCUCUUUGACAUGCUUGCAGGCCAAGAUGAAGAAGAAGACGUUAAUGGUGUUUGAUUUUGAUCACACGCUGGUGGACCAGAACAGUGACAUGUGGGUGAUCCAAUGCACACCUGAGCAGAGCUUACCUGCCUGGCUGGAGAAUUCGUACCAGAGAGGACGCUGGACCGAGUACAUGGGUCGAGUGUUCAAUUACAUCGGAGAGCAGUCUGUCCGUCCGGACGCAGUACGCGAGCUCAUGCAGACGAUCCCGUUCACGGACGGAAUGAUCGAGCUGCUGAAGUUCAUCUAUCAAAACAAGAGCCUCAUUGAUUGCAUUAUAGUCUCUGAUUCCAACACUCUGUUCAUAGACUGGAUUUUAGAAGCUGGUGGCGUAGCGUGUGCCGUCGAUAGAGUCUUCUCAAACCCAGCCAGCGUCGACCAACGUGGGUACAUCGAAGUCCGGUGCUUUCAUUCGCACUCCUGUGAGCGCUGUCCGGUUAACAUGUGCAAACAGAAAGUGUUAAGUGAUUUUAGAGCCAGACAGGCAGAUGCUGGGGUCAGUUACCACACCGUGUGUUAUGUAGGGGAUGGAUCAAAUGAUUUCUGUCCCAUUAAGGCUUUAAAUGAGGGUGACAUCGCGAUGCCACGGAAAGGGUUCAGCCUGGAAAAACUGCUGGCCAAAAGCAGGAGUGAAAGUAAUGCCCCUCAGGCACAGGUGAUCCCCUGGAGGAGCGGGACUGACAUACUAAACCAGCUGAAAAUCAUCCAAGAACAGGCUGAACUAUUUUAAAACAUUAGUGAAGGACUGCAGUAAAAACACAGCAAACAAAGAUCAAGCAGAAAAGCCAUUCAAAUAGUAGUAGAAUAAGGUCUGAAAUGUUUACACUUGCAUUUAUUGAUGUUUUUAUUUGAAGUGCACAGCUGAGCAGUGUACCGUGGAUGCGUCACUCUUCUGACAAUUCUGCAGUUUAAAGGAAACCUUUACCACAAAAUACUUUAAAUAUGUUUGUACAAUUUUAAUGAUUCUGGUGUUCGAAUUGUUGCUUGAUUUCUCCAGUGUCAGCACUUUAUAACAGUCAGUUUUAGCUAACUGAUGUAAGUGUUGUCAACUGAGAUGUAGGAUGAUUUCUUUAGAAUCUGUGUGGAAUUUAAUAUCUUUUUUUUAUCUCCAUAUACUGUAUAAUAAAGAGAAUAUGUAUCAUGAUUAGCUGUAAUGAAAAAAGAAAAAAUAAUCUAUAACAGCAUUUGUAAUCGACACGUCACAUUUCAUUAAUAUGUAUUUAAGUAAUAGUUUUCAAUAUCAUUGAUUCUAUAUACUGACAAAAUUAUGGCCUUCUAUGUAUACUUAACCAUUUGUUAAAUAAUUUAUGAUCACCAAUUAUAAUAAA